CACUCUUCACACGUACAAGGGACGUGAAGGCGAGCCGUUGUUUCAGAGUCCUGUGCGUGAUUCCCGGGAAGUGAGAAGGCCUACAACACGUUACGAGCAGCCGGAGGAUUAGGAAACAAUAACGGAGACGCCUUUUUCCAGACAUGGUGAGGCAGUAAACUGGUAACAUAGGUAAAUACAACAACAACAAGGUCUUUCAAGUACACCUGAAGAUGGAUCUCUACUGAGAUGAUCUCUUGCUACAGCAAACAAAAAUGGAGGUCACCUACACUACUGACAGCACCUCCGGAAUAUAUUCAGCUCUCAUCGAGUCAGUGAGGCAUCUCCUGCUGUUGUAACACUCAACUAUCCCUCGCUGAGACUCAGCCUAGAGUGACAUCAUUCCGUUCUUGCCAUGUUUCUGGCUGGGUUUAGGACAAUGGAUCUCGCUUGGGUUGUGCUUUCCAUGCUGACAACAUGCUCGGCUAUCAACAUGCAGUCAGCAGGCAGCCACAGCACCUUCACGUGCGAGCCGAUCACGCUGCGGAUGUGUCAGGGUCUCUCCUACAACACCACGUUCAUGCCCAACCUGCUCAAUCACUACGAUCAGCAAACCGCAGCCCUCGCCAUGGAGCCCUUCCACCCCAUGGUGAACCUGGAGUGCUCGGCUGACAUGCGUCCAUUCCUGUGUGCGCUCUACGCUCCGGUGUGUACGGAGUACGGUCGAGUAACCCUGCCGUGUCGCCAUCUGUGCCAGCGAGCCAAGAGCGACUGCUACAAGCUCAUGGAUAUCUUUGGAUUAAGCUGGCCUGAAGAGAUGUCCUGUAACCGGUUUCCUGAAUGCGACGAGCCGUAUCCACGAGCCGAGGACCUCUUCUCAAGUGCUGACUCUACAGAGGAAUCUCCCGCAUCUGUACAACGUGAUUAUGGCUUCUGGUGCCCGCGCGAGCUGAAGGUUGAACCUGAGCUGGGCUACAGAUUCCUUGGAGUGCGCGACUGCUCACCCCCGUGCCCAAAUAUGUACUUCAGCAGGGACGAGCUGGUCUUUGCCCGCUACUUCAUUGCUGUGGUGUCCAUCAUCUGCCUGUCCGCUACGCUUUUCACUUUCCUUACCUUUCUCAUCGACAUGGGACGUUUCCGCUACCCCGAGCGGCCCAUCGUCUUCUACUCUGUGUGCUACAUGAUGGUUUCGUUGGUCUUCUUCCUGGGCUUCCUGUUAGAGGAGCGCGUGGCAUGCAACAAGGCAACAGCGGGACAUUUUCGUGCUUCCACUGUCACACAGGGCUCACAUAACAAAGCGUGCACACUACUUUUUAUGACCCUCUACUUCUUUACUAUGGCGGGCAGCGCAUGGUGGGUGGUGCUCACCGUUACAUGGUUCCUGGCUGCGGUACCUAAGUGGGGCAGUGAGGCGAUCGAGAAGAAAGCGCUGCUCUUCCACGCAGUAGCCUGGGGACUGCCUGGUGUUCUCACUGUCACACUCAUGGCACUGAACAGGGUGGAGGGUGACGGUGUGAGUGGCGUGUGCUUCGUGGGUCUUUACGAUCUCACGGCUUUGCGCUGGUUCCUCUUGGCUCCACUAGCUCUGGCUGUGACUGCUGGAGUCGUGCUGCUCUUGGCUGGCAUUGUGGCACUGAACCGUGUCCGUAUGGAGAUCCCCCUGGACAAGGAGAACCAAGACAAGCUGGUCAAGUUCAUGAUCCGCAUCGGCGUGUUUUCUGUGCUCUACCUGGUGCCACUGCUGACGGUGAUUGGCUGCUUCAUGUAUGAGCAGAGCUACAGGCCAGUGUGGGAGAUAACAUGGGUGCAGGAGCAGUGCAGGAACUACCACAUCCCCUGCCCAUUCAAGGUGGAGCAGACAAGCAAACCGAAUGUUGCCCUCUUCCUCAUUAAGUACUUGAUGAUGCUGGUGGUGGGAAUCCCCUCAGUCUUCUGGGUGGGCAGCAAGAAGACCUGCUUUGAGUGGGCCAGCUUCUUUCACGGGCAUCACAAAAAAGACAGUGUGGUGAACGACAGCAGACAGGUGCUACAGGAGCCGGACUUUACUCAGCUGCUGCUGCGUGAGCCUGGAGUUCCUGUGGUGCGCCAAUCCCGUGGAACCUCCACACAGGGCACCUCCACCCACGCCUCCUCCACCCACCUGGCCAUGCUGGAUGAAGGACACAGCGGUAGCAGCCGUCCGAGCAGUAUGCACAGCAAAGCCAGCAGCUUCCACAGCAGCCGGCGCCAGUCUCAUGAUGGCAGGUACACGUCCUGUAAUUUCCGUGGUGCAGAGGAGCUCCGUCUGCCCCACGUCAGCGCAUCCCGCCUUCACGAGCAGCUUCAGCAAAGCAGCGCGGUUCGAUUGGAGAGCCAGUCACGACACGGCGGGUCACAGCACCUAGACAGCCAGUCACGACACGGCAGCAUCCGGGACCUCAGCAGCGUUCAGCUGGCGUCCCAGAGCGGCCCUGUUAACGGCGUCCACUCAGUCACAGAGGAAGGCGGAGCCACUCCUUGAACCUUACACACACUACGUUUGUAAAUGAAGCACAUGCUGAAGAGGUUCUUCCUGCACACGGAUGCCAAACAGACUCCAUCAAAUACACCCUGAUCCAGCAUUAGACACAGACACUGCAGGAACUUUAGGAAAGCUUUCUGAUCAAAGAGCUUCAGGAUCAACAGGGUAAAAACAAGGGCUUUUGCUAUAUUAUCUUUUUAAUACUGUAUUGAAGCACUUGCUGCUUUAUGUUCAGGCGUAAACUUUUGUGUAAAUUUUGUGUAUGUUUUUUUAAUACCCUUUAUAACAUUUAUAGACGGAAACAGGUUUGUGUUCCACUGUUCCUCGGUUGCACUUUGCGUAGAUUCCUUGGGUUAGACUGACACGUUACAGUACGCCUUCCUCCUGACGUAACGCCCGAUUUCCCACAAAACUAAGUACAACAGGAGUGGGUGAAGA